AUGAAAGAUCUGAUAACAGAUUUCACUAGUGGAGUACGACUUAUUCAACUAUUAGAGAUAAUAGGCAAUGAGCCGCUUGGCCGAUAUAAUCCAAAUCCCAGAUUAAACGUACAAAAGGCUGAAAACAUCAAUACUGCGUUAGCAUUUAUCAAGCAUCGAGGCAUCCUUCUACACAAUAUUGGUGCUGGUGAUAUCAUAGAGGGCAAUCUAAAGCUGAUUCUAGGACUACUGUGGAUCCUUAUUUUGAGAUUCACUAUUUCCGAAAUCAACGAAGAAGGUCUUUCUGCAAAAGAGGGUCUGCUGUUAUGGUGUCAACGUAAAACAGCAGGAUAUCCAGGAGUGAAUAUUAAAGACUUUUCAUCAUCUUGGACUGAUGGACUGGCAUUUUGUGCAUUAAUGGACCGUCAUCGUCCUGACUUGAUUGAUUUUGACGAGCUGGAUAAAUCCAAUCACAAGAAAAACGUUUCUCUAGCAUUCAAAUUAGCAGCUGAAGAAGUUGGCAUUCCACAAUUGCUUGACGUAGAAGAUAUUUGUGACGUGAAAUCACCCGACGAGCGUUCCGUAAUGACUUACGUUGCAUACUGGUUUCAUGCGUUUUCGGCACUGGACAAGAUAGAGACUGCUGGACGUCGACUCGAAAAGUUUGUCGAUGUGACGUCUUCUGCGUUGACAAUGCAGCAUAAUUUUGAGAAACGAAUGAAGGUAUUGAUCCAAUCUAUCAAAAAAACACAAGAAUCAUGGGCCAAGUCGGAGUUUUCUGGUACUUAUAGCGAUGCCAAAUUACAAUCGAGUCGAUUCAGCGAGUAUAAAAAGACAACUAAACGAGAAUGGAUCACUGAAAAGUCUGAACUUGCAUCACUAUUGGGCAACAUUCGUACAAAACUGGCCACAUAUGGACUGAGAGAAUAUGUCCCUCCAGAGGGUCUGCGACUACAAGAUCUUGAACAGAUCUGGCGAGAGCUGAUAUCAGCAGAAGCCACCAGAUCAAGAGCCAUCAACAACACCAUGCGACAAAUCAAAGAGAAACUAAGAAAGAACUUUGCCGAUACUGCCAAUGAGCUAUCACUGUCACUAGACACAGUGUCAUUAAAAAUAAGCGAUUUAGAGGGUGAGCUAGAAAAGCAGCUGGAAGGCAUUACGAUUCUCAGUGACCAGUUGAAGCCGCUAGACCGGAUGCUGGCCGACCUAAAAAAACUAGACGAUCAAUGUCUGGAAGCCAACGUGGAAGAAAACGAUUACACGGUGUAUUCAUUAAACGAGCUAGAGUACGAACUUGGUCUUGCCAAACAGUCAGUGGUCAAGAAACUUGCAUUUAUAGAGAACCAGAUAGUGGCACGAAGCAUGACGAAUCUGACGCCCAUCCAGCUUGAAGAGUUUGAAUCUGUGUUCCGGUUUUUUGACAAGGGACAACGCAACUCGCUCCAAGAAAGCGAGUUUUCUGGAGCACUUGCCAGUCUUGGCCUGGUAUAUUCAGAAGAGGAGAUGCAUCAAGUGUUUGUAGUUGCCAGUGGAGGAAACUCGCGAGUCUCGUUCGAAGAGUUCAUCAAGUUCAUGGUCGAAGUGACAGAAGACCAGCAAACAGCCGAGCAAGUGUACCAAUCGUUUUUCGACAUUGCUAACGGCAAACCAUACGUGACAGAACUGGAUCUCCAGAACUCGCUCAUCCCCGACUCCAUGAUCGAUGAGCUGAAAAACAGCAUGCCCCUUGCCAAAGGCGCCAACGAAUCCGAAGAAGAGGGCGUCAGUCUCGACUACGUCACGUACAUGUCACAACUGACCGGUGUCAACGGACACAAGUAA